AUGGCCAAGGCUCGUGUCUUGGUAGGGUUGCUGGCUGCCACCAUUGCGAGGGCGUCUCCUUUCGACUCCGACGCCGUCAACCUGCACCCACGCGCCGCCUGCUCUGGUAACACAGCUACGACCCGCUCUGAGUGGUGUGACUAUGACAUCUCGACGGACUACUACAAUGAUGGCCCGACAACUGGCGUCACCAGGGAGUAUUGGUGGGAAAUCACCGAGUUCACUGCUGCGCCAGAUGGAGUUGAGCGAUCCGUCAUGGCCAUCAACGGCAGCAUCCCAGGCCCUACCCUCUUCGCAGACUGGGGAGAUACCGUUGUCGUUCACGUCACUAACUCUGUUCCCGGCAACGGGACGAGCAUCCACUUCCACGGCAUCCGCCAAAACUACACCAACCCGAACGACGGAGUCAGCAGCAUCACGCAGUGUCCAGUUCCCCCUGGAUCGUCCAUCACGUACACCUGGAAAGCCACCCAAUACGGCACUACCUGGUACCAUUCCCAUUACGGCCUGCAGGUGUACAACGGUGUCUUUGGCGGCAUCGUGAUCAACGGCCCUGCCUCUGCCAAUUACGACGAAGACCUCGGCGUGCUCUUCCUCAGCGACUGGACCCAUGAGUCUGCGGACAACCUGUUCACUGAAGCCCAGCUGACAGGGCCACCAACUCAGGAUAAUGGCCUGAUCAACGGCACGAACAUCUACGUUGACGGCGACACGACCGUGGGCUCUCGUUUCACGUUGUCGUUCACCGCGGGGACAUCGUACCGCCUGCGCCUCAUCAACGGUGCCAUGGAUACUUUCUUCAAGUUUUCCAUUGAUAAUCACACCAUGGAAGUCAUUGCGAACGACUUGGUUCCCAUCCAGCCGUUUAACACGACCGUCCUCAGCAUUGGCAUUGGCCAGAGGUAUGAUGUUAUCAUCCGCGCAGACCAGGCCGACGUCGCAGACAACUUCUGGAUGCGCGCCGUCCCCCAGACCUCCUGCUCUUCCACCAACACUAUGGAGGAUGAUAUCCGCGGCAUCGUCUACUACGGCACCAGCCCGUCGACGCCUGACACCACGGGCUACAACCCGACCGACAGCUGCGACGACAUGUCCAGCACCGAUCUGGUCCCCUACGUGUCCAAGACGGUGGCAUCGACCGCCGCGUGGACCGAGGACGAGCCGGUGACGAUCGGCGCGGCGCCGACCAACGCCAACUACCUGUGGUGGUACGUGAACGGCAGCACGCUGGACAUGUCGUGGUCGAACCCGACGCUGCUGCAGGUGUACGACAACGUGACCGCGUUCAACUCGUCGGCCAACGUGGUGCUCGUGCCCGAGGCGGACGAGUGGGUGUACGUCGUCAUCAGCACCGCGCUCGGCGUCGCCCACCCGAUCCACCUGCACGGCCACGACUUCUUCGUGCUCGCGCAGGGCACGGGCACCUUCGACAGCAGCAGCGUGGCCCUCAACCUCGACAACCCCGUCCGCCGCGACGUGGCCAUGCUGGCUGCUCAGGGGUACCUGGUGAUCGCGUUCCAGACGGACAAUCCGGGCGCGUGGCUGAUGCAUUGCCACAUCGGAUGGCACACGGACGAGGGGCUGGCCAUCCAGUUUGUCGAGAGGCAGAGCGAGGCGAGGGAGCUGAUCGACUUCCAGACCUUGAGCGAGACGUGUGCUGCCUGGGAGACGUGGCAGGCGAGUUCUGGCCUGAAGCAGGAGGAUGAUGGCAUCUGA